CUCAAGAGUGACGUUUCACAAAUCCGACUAUAUCAACUGCAAAAUGAGCUUCGGAGGUCCUGGUGGUGGCGCGAUUAAUACUAAACCUACGCCUCCCGAGCGAGGGAGCUUCCCUCUCGAUCAUGAUGGCGAAUGCAAACACCUCAUCCAGUCUUACCUCAAAUGUCUAAAGCUGCAGCGCGGCGUAAACGACGACGAGUGCCGGCGGUUAGCGAAGGGAUACCUAGCUUGUCGGAUGGAUAAGAAUCUUAUGGCGCCGGACGACUUUAAGAAUCUAGGGCUUGUGUUUGAGAAGGAUAAAGAAGGGGGCGGGACGGGGCAAGGGCAGAGUUCGAGUUCAAGUUCGAGUUAGUGGAUUUACUGCGGGAAUAGAAUGUUUAAUGGCGAGAUAUAGGUAUCUACCAGGCCAUUGACAUGCGCAUAGAACGGACCUGGGUUGCAAUUGACUGUACACUAUUUUACUG